AUGCUCCGGAUUAGUAUCCGUUGCUUCAAUCCCAGACAAUAUAUCCGUUUAAUGCCACAACAGCAAUCAAUUGCCAGGUUCUUCGGAGGCUCAAAUGUAACGAAGCGCAAACUUGAUGAAAAGAAAGAUGUAAAGCGAAUUAAAAAGGAAGAUAUAAAUACCCUUAUUGAUGAGAAAAAUGGGACCCCUGAGGACAAAUCUUCCCCUGUUGAAAGCGGUGAGCCACCACAGAGCCCCGAAAAAGCUGCGUCUGCUCCAACCACAAAAACCGAAGCAUCUAAAUUGAUAACCAUGACUGAUAACGAAGCCAAGAAACAUACUAACGAGACGUUAGGACCAAAAAUUCCUUACGCUAAGCUUACCGAAGUGUUUGAAAAGAUUGAGGGAGAAUCUUCCAGAUUGGCAAUCACCGCAAUUGUUUCUCAAUUCUUUCAGGAGAUAUUAGAGCAAUCUUCACCUGAUAAAUUGGUCAAGAUAGUUUAUCUCUUUAUCAACCGCUUGGGUCCAGAUUACGAGCCUGACCUUGAGCUUGGUUUGGGUGAGACGUUACUCAUUAAGGCAAUCAGUGAGUGUUAUGGAAGAGCCCCUGCUAAGAUCAAAAAGGAUUAUCACGAAGUUGGGGAUUUGGGAAUUGUUGCACAAAAGUCGAGAUCAGGCCAGCCCACAAUGUUUCGUCCUACUUCAUUGGACGUGGACACCGUCUUUGAAAAUUUGACCAAGAUUGCAAAAUUCUCGGGCAAGGAUUCUCAGGGAAAGAAAAUUGGCAUGAUCAACAAAAUGCUUACUGCUUGUGAUCUCAAGAGCAAUGAGGCUAAAUUUUUGAUACGAUCCUUGGAGGGCAAACUUCGUAUUGGAUUGGCUGAAAAAACUGUAUUGAUAGCCCUUGCUCAAGCAUUUGUCAACCACGAACUAUCUUCCAGUGGUAAGAAGAUAAAUCCGGAAAAGCUCACAUCUGCGGAAGACAUUGUUCGUGAAGCGUUUUCAAGAACUCCAAAUUACGAGGUGCUAAUCAAAAAGGCAGCAGAGUUUGGAGUGUUUAAUCUCCUUGAGCAUUGCAAGCUCACGCCGGGCAUUCCCUUGAAACCGAUGUUAGCAAAGCCCACCAAAUCUAUAAGUGAAGUCCUCGACAGAUUUCAAGGUGAAGAUUUUACCUGCGAAUACAAAUACGAUGGUGAGCGAGCCCAAGUACACUUAUUGGAAACAGGAGAAGUUCGCAUAUACUCCAGAAACUCUGAAGACAUGUCACAAAGGUAUCCUGAUUUGAUUUCCAUUUUGAAAGACUUUGUGAAAACUCAGGCAGAGGAAACAAAAAUCACCUCAAUGGUACUCGAUUGUGAAGCUGUUGCGUGGGACAGAGUUAAUAAUAAGAUUUUACCGUUUCAAGUGUUGUCUACCAGAAAGCGGAAGGAUGUUGAUGAGAAAGAUAUCAAAGUGCACAUUUGCUUGUUUGCAUUUGAUUUACUAUAUUAUAAUGGAGAACCGCUUAUAACGAAGUCUCUUGCUGAUAGACGAGAGAUUAUGCACAAACAUAUCGAUACGAUCGAGGGUAAGUUUCAGUUUGCUACAGCCAAGAACUCUUCUAAUCUUGAUGAGCUUCAAGCAUUUCUUGACCAGUCGGUGAAGGAUGCUUGUGAGGGACUUAUGGUGAAAAUGCUUCAUGGUCCCGACUCAUAUUAUGAACCUUCCAAGAGGUCUCGUAAUUGGUUAAAGUUGAAAAAAGAUUAUCUUGCUGGAGUUGGAGAUUCCUUGGACUUGGUGGUUAUUGGAGCGUAUAUCGGUCGAGGUAAGCGUACUGGUGGCUACGGUGGGUUUCUUUUGGCAUCGUACAAUCAAGACACAGGUGAGUAUGAGACCACAUGUAAGAUUGGAACUGGCUUUUCAGAACAGGACUUAGCAGAUCUUCAUGCCAAGCUUUCACCAACUGAGAUCAAGCAACCAAAAUCUUACUACGUCUACGAUACAACGAAUUCAAAUGCUGUGCCAGAUGUCUGGUUUGAGCCGACAUUGGUAUUUGAAGUUUUGACUGCCGAUUUAUCGUUGAGUCCAAUCUAUAAAGCAGCUCAUCAUGAAUAUGGCAAAGGUAUAUCGUUACGAUUUCCAAGAUUUUUGAGAGUUCGAGACGAUAAAGGAAUCGAGGACGCUACAAGCUCUACUGAAGUUGCUGAAUUUUAUGAGAGGCAGGCAAACAUGAACUAA